CUGUUGAAGAAAGUUGUUGCAAUGUUGAUGAAAUCCGCACCGUUCAAUUUGCUCCUAUUCAUUAAGCCAUAUGGAGUGGCUAUUCGUCCUCCAGCUGUUGUUGUCCUCCGCGGCAUAUCGCUGAUCGGACUUCCACCGCUAAGUGGUGGCAGAAAUUCCAUUCCGGUCCCUCCUCGCGCUAACCGUUCUCAGCCACUCUCAGUCGUGAAAAUGGAGAGCGCCUGCGAAACAAAACCUUCUCCGGCCGUGGUGAAGCUGAAGCCCAUCGAAGCUACUCCGGAGACCUUCCGAGAGUUUGGACAAGUGAUUGAGGCGUCGCCCGACGGCGAAGAGUUCGGCCCCCGCGAUGCUCAACUCGACCUCAGCCGUGGCGUUCCUAGGUUUUACAUUAUGCAACUCAAAGGUCGGUCAUUGAAGUUUUCAAGCAUUACACACCAUGCCAAUGUGACACAGUGCCUUGGAUCAAUUGGGGGCAAUGUUUGGUAUCUUGGAGUUGCUAAGUCAUCUAUUGUAGAUCCAAGUGAAAUUAAGGGAGAAACGGGUGUUAAUAUCCAGCAAUCAGAUAGUGGGCAUUUCUAUGUGCCUCCUGCUGUUGACGAAGUACAUGCAUUUAAAAUUUCAGGCUCGAAGUUUAUAAAGCUAAACCGAGGUACAUGGCAUGCUGGACCAUUGUUUAACGGGGGUGUGAUGGACUUCUACAAUCUGGAACUCAAUAAUACAAAUUUUCACACAGGUGGUUGAUCACACAACACACUACUUCAGCAAGAAGAAUAAUGUGGUGUUCCAUUUGGAGGAGUAAUUGAUCUUCUCCAGCAAAGAGUUUUCUGAGGGGAACAAUAGGAACGAAUUGUGAUGAUUUCUGCAUUUCUUUCUUUCCCUUGCAGAAGAUAUAACUAUAUCUGUAUUUUGUACUAAAAAGUAACCUUGCAGGUCCAGGUUUCCCUGUACUUGAAAGUAUUUAUGCACAGUUCUCUUGGCUCUUGCGAAUGCAUAUAUCGGCCUUGUCCAUGGGUAA